CUUCCGGUUUUAGAUUUCGGUUUGCUUUGUGACCGCCAGGGGCAGUCGCGAGCCACUCACUUUUCUACAACGGCUUACCCGCGCAAUUAGCGUGAGAGGAGCAAACACAUAAAGACAACAUACGCCUAAACCACAAUGAGCGUAGACGUAAAGAAACUCAAAGUCAACGAGUUGAAAGAGGAGCUCCAGCGCCGCGGCCUGGACACCAAAGGCCUGAAGGCAGACCUGGUGGAGAGGCUCAAAGCCGCUUUGGAGGCUGAAGCUCAGGCUGAUGCCUCAGAGCAAGGGGAACAGGAAGAGGAGUACUAUCAAGACCAAGAGGAAGACGGAGACGAAGAAGAUGCUCAGGAGCAACAAGAAGCUCCUGAGGACUAUGGAGAUGAUGAUGAUGGGAACGGAGAAGUAGAUGUUCCUGAAGGAGAUGCUCUCGAAGAAGGAGAUGCUCUCGAAGAAGGAGAUGCUCUCGAAGAAGGAGAUGCUCUCGAAGAAGGAGAUGCUCUCGAAGAAGGAGAUGCUCUCGAAGAAGAAGACGAAGCAGAUGCUCCCGAAGAAGAAGCAGCAGAUGCUCCUGAAGAAGAAGAUGAGGGUAGAGACUCAGGUGGUUACUACGAGGAAGAAGAGGGAGAAGGCGAGCCUUUCGAAAGUCAACUAACCUCAGAUUCAGGUCACAGCAUGCCUGACUUUACAGCAGAUGUCGACAUAAACAAAUCCGAAAUGUUCUCUGAGGAACAGCCCAAGACUGAGCCUGAGCCUGCGCCAGAACCAGAGCUUGAGCCUGAGGCUGAGCCAGAGCCAGAGCCUAAGCCAGAGGAGAACAUUGAUAACAAACAAGAAGUAAAAAGGGAGGUCAAAGUGGAGGAAGAGGCUGAGACUGUUGAAAACAGACGCCACGACAAUCAUGGGACAGAACAACAGCGCGGGCAUGAUGGGGAUGGGCAUGCUGAGCAAGUCAAAGUGGAAGGUGACAGAGGUGGACACUAUGGACGCAAGAGGCCAUAUGAGGAGAGCAGGGGCUAUGGCUACUAUGAGCACCGUGAAGACAAGCGAUCUCGCACACCACAACCUCCAGCUGAAGAUGAGGAAGAGAACAUAGAUGAUACUCUUGUUACAAUUGAUACAUACAACUGUGAUCUGCACUUCAAAGUGUCUCGAGAUCGCUACAGUGGUUAUCCAUUGACCAUUGAAGGCUUUGCUUACCUUUGGGCUGGAGCACGAGCUACGCAUGGUGUCACCCAGGGGCGCAUAUGUUAUGAGAUGAAGAUCAACGAAGAAAUUCCUGUGAAGCACCUGCCCAGCAAUGAACCUGAUCCACAUGUGGUUCGCAUUGGAUGGUCUCUGAACCACUGCAGCACUCAGCUUGGCGAGGAGCCCUUUUCCUUUGGAUAUGGAGGAACAGGAAAGAAAUCCUCCGACUGUAAGUUUGCAGACUUUGGUGAGAAGUUUGGUGAAAAUGACGUCAUCGGCUGUUACAUUGACUUUGACAGUGGUGAUGAAGUAGAGAUGGCCUAUUCAAAGAAUGGAGUGUGGUUGGAUGUGGCUUUCCGAACCACCAAGGAGGCAUUGGCAGGUCGUGCUCUGUUCCCUCAUGUGCUGGUGAAGAACUGUGCCGUUGAGUUCAACUUUGGACAGAAGCGAGAGCCUUAUUUCCCCAUGCCAGAGGGAUACACCUUCAUCCACAACCUUGGCAUGGAGGAAAAGAUCAGAGGCACUAAGGGGCCUGCAAGCAAAUCUGAAUGCGAGAUCUUGAUGAUGGUUGGCCUGCCUGCCUGUGGAAAGACCACAUGGGCCAUAAAGCAUGCGGAGACUAACCCUGAGAUGAAGUACAACAUCCUGGGCACAAAUGCCAUCAUGGACAAGAUGAAGGUGAUGGGUCUGCGUCGCCAGAAAAACUAUGCCGGGCGCUGGGAUGUUCUGAUACAGCAGGCCACUCAGUGUCUGAACAGGCUGAUUGAGAUCGCUGCCCGCAAGAGACGCAACUACAUCCUAGAUCAGACAAAUGUAUAUGGAUCAGCAAGGAGACGAAAAAUGCGUCCUUUUGAAGGUUUUCAACGCAAGGCUAUUGUAAUUUGUCCCACGGACGAGGAUUUAAAAGAACGAACAUUAAAGCAAACCAAUGAGCAGGGGAAGGAUGUGCCCGAUCAUGCUGUGUUAGAAAUGAAAGCCAACUUCACUCUACCUGAGGCUUGCGAUUUCCUGGAGGGGGUGACCUUCGUUGAGCUGCAGCGCGAUGAGGCUGAAAAGCUGUUGAAGCAGUACAACGAGGAGGGCCGCAAGGCUGGUCCGCCCCCUGAGAAACGCUACGACAACAGGCAGGGCGGCUACCGUGGCCGCGGCGGCGGCAGCUACCAGCGCUAUGACAACCGUGAUGGGUCCCGUGGUGGGUACCAGAACCGCAGUGGGGAUGGAUACAGAGGCUACAAUCGUGGCAGCUACAACCAGAACCGCUGGGGCAACAGCUAUCGUGAUGGAGGCUCUGAUUCUCGUGGAUAUAGCCGCAACCAGCAGUCGGUGGGAAGCUACAGUCGGCAGGCGCCCUACAGCAAGGGUGGAUACAACCAGGGCUACAGUCAGAGCUACAAUCAAGGGUACAACCAGGGCAGCUACAACCAGAAUUACUAUGGCAACUACAGUCAGUACCCAGGAUACAGCCAGAGCUACAGCCAGACACCGAGCACUGGACAGACCUACAGCCACCACCAGCAGCAGCCACAACAACAGCAGCAGCCGCCACAGCAGCAGCAGCAGCAGCAGCAGCAACAGCAGAGCUACAACCAGCAAUAUCAACAGUAUGCUCAGCAGUGGCAGCAGUACUACCAGAACCAGAACCAGUGGAACCAGUACUACAGCCAGUAUGGCAGUUAUCCUGGUCAGGGUGGCCAAGGUUCAUCUUCUGGUUCCCAGUAGCUUCACACUGCAUCUGUACUACAUCCACCUGUGUCCUAAACAUCUCUGACCUCUGCAUUUAAUCAGUUUUUGUACAGUCCCACAUUCUGUCACCAACCAUACCUGUUUGUCUUGUUUAACACAGUAGCCUUUGUUCCUCACCAAUCAGUGUACAUGUAAACUGAAUACAGUUGAUGUCCUUUUUUUUUACUGAAUGAAGUCUUACUUUAAGCAGUGACAGUGAGGUGGUAGAUCAUAGGUAUCAAAACAUUUAAUGAAUGUUCUAUAUUAUGCAUUGAAUGUGGGCAUCUGUCCACAUUUCCUACAGAUUGAUGAGGUAAAUUGUAUAUUUCAAAGAGGCACAGUGUGAAAAAGUGACAAAGCAGGAAAAACACAGCAAAGCCUGAAUAAUUUAGCUUGUUCUGAUAAAGCUUAAAGAACAAAAUGCAUGCUUUUACCUUUCCAUUCUUUUGUCUUGCUCUUUAUUUUUCCAGAUACCAAGUGAGCACAUUUAAAUCGCUCCAACAGAUUUCAAACAUUGAUCUUUUUUUUCAUAGAUGUUGAUACGUUAGUAUUUAAGCAUUCAUCUAGUCUGAGAUUUUUUUUUGCUUUUUUUUAUUUCUUGUGAUUGCCGUUCAUUGAGUCUUGUAGCUUAAUUCUGUUUUGUCAAAUCCAUUUUUUUCUACCAGAAAAAGAAAACCUGAUUAUGACCAGUUACCCAACCUGUCAUUUUGUCUUUAUACAAUAAAUACAAUUGUAUACGCCUGUAAAUUGUAAUCUGAUCAGUCACAAUUGCAUCACACCGAACAUAAACAGCCUGUUUUAUUAAUGUUUCUGUACUUGUUAAUUUUAACAAAAUGGAAAUUUUGGACAAAUGGCAAAAAUAUCAACUAAAAAUAAAACCAAUUUUGGAGCAUG